AUGGAGCCAGAACAGAUGCUGGAAGGACAGACGCAGCUUGCAGAAAAUCCUCAUUCUGAGUACGGUCUUACAGACAACGUCGAGAGGAUAGUAGAAAAUGAGGAGAUUAAUGCAGAAAAGACAUCUAAACAGAAGGUGGACCUCCAGUCUUUGCCAAUUCAUGCCUACCUAGAUCAGACAGUUGUGCCUAUAUUAUUACAGGGACUUGCUGUGCUUGCAAAGGAGAGACCACCAAACCCCAUUGAAUUUCUAGCAUCAUACCUUUUGAAAAACAAGGCACAGUUUGAAGAUCGAAACUGA